ACUUUGACUAAAUUAAAAAUAUUAAUUUCAAAAAACCACAAAAGAUGCUACUUGGGGAACUGGACCUCCAAAUGAAUGCAAACGGGACCCUCCGUAAAAGGAAGAAAAUUUCAUAGGAAUGGAUGCAAAUGGGACCCUGCCUCCAAGUAAAAGGAAGAAAUUUCGUUGUAUCCCAAGCAAUAGAGCUUGUGUCUUUAGUCUAUCCUUGGACAGGGUUUUCUUCAGUUCACAUUUGCCAAGCAUCUUCCGUGAAAUUUCCAGCUAUUAUUUGUACAAGUUCUCUCCUCUUCUCCUUAGCCGGCUCACUCUUGUAUCAUCUCACGGAAUUAGCUCUGCAAUUGAACUGAUUUACUGCUACUUCUAAUGCUCUCGGCUUAGCUAAUUAAUUUGGUUAUCCAUCAGGGUUUGUGUCUUCUACAAUUUUUUUGGUGAAAUUUACAGGUAUACCAUUUAGAUCUUCGAUCAUGAUUCAGUUAUAUAUUUUUUUUAAAAUAUAAAAUGAAAAUAUUUAAAUUUUUUUUAUAGAUGCAUGUCUUUAUAACAAAAAAAUCUUCGUUUUAAUUAGAAUAUUUAUUGGUUUUAUGGAUUUUUUUUCAAAUUGUCUGCUUUUAUCGAAUUAAUUAGUAGCUACUUAGUUAAUAAUGUGAGAUUUUUUUUUUUUUUGCACUUCUAGUAAACAUACAAGUGUCUCCAAGUGAUCUUUCUGAAUCAUCAUAUUUGUCUUCCAGGAAAUAUUGAUUGCAUCCCUCUGGUUACAGAUAACUAGGCAUGAAAUAUUUAAGCUAAGCGGUUGCUACUUUUAAUUUGGCCAUCCAUUUCUUCAAUUUUGUCCACUAAACCUUCUGAUUCAUUCACGAGCAUUUGCCAAGCACCUUCCAGGAAAUUUCUGGCUAUAAUUUGUACAAGUUCUCUCUCCUCUUUUCCUUGGCUGACUCACUUUUUAUCAUCUCACAGAAUUAGCCUUGCAAUUGAAUUGAUUGCUACUGUUUUUAAUUUUCUUGGCCUGUUUGAUUUGGCUGUCAAUUAGGGUCCAUUUUCUGCAAUUUCUUCAGUGAAACCAGGAGAUUCAUUCACGGGCAUUUGCCAAGCAUCUUCCAAGAAAUUUCUGGCUAUAAUUUGUACAAGUUCUCUCUCCUCUUCUCCUUGGUCGACUCACUUUUUAUCAUCUCAGAGAAUUAGCCUUGCAAUUGAAUUGAUUGCUGCUGUUUUUAAUUUUCUUGGCCUGUCUGAUUUGGCUGUCAAUUAGGGUCCAUUUUCUGUAAUUUCUUCAGUGAAACCAGGAGGUAUACCAUUUAGAUCUUCGAUUUCAGUUCAGUUAUAUUCUCUUUGAUACUAAUCCCAAGAUGUUGACUUUAAAUUUAAUUUAUAAGGUCACAUUAUUUAUUAUUAAAUGCAACCCUUGAAA